UUAUUCACCUAAAAUAAAGAAUUACGACACAUAUACAAUACAAUUCUAAUUAAUGAUAAUAUAAAAUCUGUUACUUCUAAAACUAUACACUAUUUAUUCUAUUUUUUGAAUGAAAGUAUCUUCUUAAACACACAAAAUAUUUUGUGACGUUGCAAUUAUACAUACACAAUAUCUGGCUCUUCAUACUGACGUUACUGUGUUUCCUCUCGUCCAUUUCAAAUAUUGACUACCAGUUUUUUUCCAUGACUGAUGAAUUCCGCCUAAGACGAUGGUAUUAUGUUGUAAAAUCUGUUACUUCUAAAAACUAUAUAAUAUUUAUUCCAUAUUUUAAAUUUUCUUAUGCCCGCACAGGGUGCGGACCGGUCACCUAGUAUUUCUUAAAAUUAUGAACAUGCAUACCAAGACAUAUAUUAGUAGAUAAAAAUAAUAUUUCUAAGACAAUGGAUUUCAAAUUAAGAGUAAACUAUUAUAUUGUAAACAUUGUAGAGACUGAAUAACCUAAUUUAGUUCAAUAUUUUUAAAUUCAAUCUAUCUAUACUAUUAUUUACGAAGUAAUUUUCGCAUUCGAGCUCCCACGUAAAAAAUUAGAGUGUUUAAUAUUGUUUAUAUCAUUAAUGAAUAAUAUAUAUAUAAAAUACCCAUAAAAUAAAAACGAAAUGUAAUUUUUUAUUUGAUAAGUGAUUAAAAUUAAUAAUAAUAAUAAUAAUAAGAAUUAUCAAGAAUCUAAAAAAAUAUUUUAAAAUAAAAAGAUAAUUCCUAUAUAUAUUAUCUUGUUAUCUGAAAAAUCUUGUAAUAAAAAGUUAAAAAUAAGAAAACAGAAAACAUAUAAAUAAAUAUUAAUCAAGUAACAUUCUUAAUUUUAUAUAAAUGAAAAAAUAAUAUUGAAUGAUCUUAUGAUUUAUUUCUAUAUAAUGAAUAUAGUGUAAAAAGAAUUUUCUUUUAAAAUUAUAAUACAUAAAAAAAUUCAAAUGAAAGCAUAAAUAAUAAUUUAUCAUUAGUCUUUUAAUUAGUAAUUCAUUUAUUGAUAAGUAACUUUAAAAUGUUUAUGCCCAUAUGUUUGGGCAAAACACCUAGUUCAUACACUAAACCGAACUACUUCUUGCAUCCACAACUUAUUGUAUCUUUCAUAGUUGACCCAUAAAUAAAAAUAAAAAUAAUAUUUAAUAUAUAUACAUAUACAUAUAUAUAUAUAUAUGUAUAUAUAUAUAUAUAUAUAUAUAUAUAUAUAACACAAGACAAAAAUAUAAACAAAUAAUACAUAUAAGACCAAAUAGAAAUACACGUUUUAUUUAUAAAAUACAAUUAAAUGGUGAAUUUCUAUUUUCUACAUUUUAUUUAAUAACUUUUUAUAACAAAUUAGUAAUCAUGAUAAAAAUUAAGAUAAAAAUAAUUUAUUAAUGAUUAUUUUAAGGUUAAUUUUUAAAUUAUAUCAACUAAUUUUAGUUCUCUAUAUCACAAUUCCCUUUUGGUGGCAUAGUAUUUUUUUUUUUUGAAAAACAUAAGAAUUAAAAAAAUACUUUAUUCAAUAUUUUGUACGAUAAAAAAAUAAAUCAAAAGUUCAGUUCAAUAUUUUCAAAAUAUUAUAAGAGUUUUUUUAAUUUUUUGCAGGUUAACCAUUAUCAGACCACGGGUUGAUAUCAAUUUUUUGAGAUCUUAAUAGAAUUUUAAUUGUCAGUUUUUCAUUAUAUCUAAACAAGUUUAUGUACACGUCACUGAGUUUGUUCGUGAAACCGCGGGUCCAAAAUGGAUAUGAAUUGAUUUCAUCUAAUUUAAAUAAUCUAGUUAAAAAUAAUGGGCACGUUAAUUGCUAGUUGAAAGAUAAAAUAAUAUUACAAUAGAAAUAAAACAAGUUAGAAUAUAAUUACAUAAAUAUAAGUUUUCUAUGUGUUGGCAGAAGUAUAAAUUAUGCAUAUUGAAAGAUAAAAAAUUUUGACAAACAAAAAAAAUCUCGCACUUUGAAAACACUCCCGGUGAAAAUCUAGAUCAAUAUGUGAAUUUAUACGUAAUUAUGUGAAAACACGCCCGGUAUCUCUCUAUACGUAAUACAAAAGAAUGAAAAUAUAGUUACAAUAGAUCGUAUGAGUAGAGGGAUCGUAACAAAUCUAAAUACGUAAUUAUCUCAAAUAUAUAUAAAUAUCUUCUAACAUACGAGUUCCCAAAUUUUAUGUAGUUCCCUAUACAAAGAAGACGUUUAAUUAAUUAACCGGUGUAGAAGACAAUAAAACGCUGGGAUUUACUUUUUUCAAGAUUUGUCUCUUCAUUUCUUAAGACUCCGAAACCUUUUCCUUUUGUAUCUCCACUUCCUAUAUAAGCUGCUAUUCUUGCUAUUCCCUCAGUAACCUAACCCUAAAUCUUGUACUCCUCUACUCUCCUUGCCGUGGAUCAAACAUUCAAGAUUAGACAAAUGGAUGAUAAAAAGCCGACGAGUUUCACUUUUGAGAUAGAUAACUUAUCAGAGAAGAAAGGUCUUAUAUCAUCACCAAAAUUUUUAAGCGGCAACUACGAAUGGUUUGUUAACGUUUACCCCAACGGAUAUCAUAUUGAUGAGCGAUUGUCUCUGCACCUCCAGGUUGCAAACCCUGAAUCAUUGCCACUUGGAUGGAAAAAGCAAGCUAGCUAUUCCUUUGCUCUACUGAAUCAAUCAGGCAAAGUUCUAUACAGAACACCUGAAUCAUGCAAAUUGUUCCGCGCUCAGUUCACAGGAUGGGGUAGCCCAAAGGCCUUCACUCUUCAAAAGCUUCAAGAUAUGGGUUAUUUGGAGAACAACAAGCUGAUUUUAAAGGUCGACGUAAAAGUGAUUGAAGCUGUUGAUGAAGGAGCUGUAACUGGAAAGGACAUGUUAGAUGUCCGUGGUUUCAAAGUCCUUUAUUCUCAGUUGCCUUUGGUUAAUAAGCUUUUCAGAAAACACCCGGACAUUGCUUUGAAUUUCAAACUAAAGAAUCAAUCGGUGAAGACAACAUACAUGAAUCUCCUUCUCGGUCUCAUCGAGAAACUGGACAAGCCUUCACCUAGCUUUACCGAAAUUGAGCUAAGCAACGCUCAAAGCGUGUUGAUGGAUCUAACAGAAGCGGGCUUCGAGCUAGACUGGUUGAAGAAAAAGCUUGAUGAGAUUUCUUUGGAGAAGAAAAGAGGACUUACUGAUGGUUCCCGAGUCCAAGAAAUCGAUGAACACAUCAAGAAUCUCAACCUUGAUCUGGAAAAGGAGAAGGAAAAAUCAGCUACUUGUGCUGCUGAAGUUUUGUUGUUGGAGCAGACGGUGUCGGAUCUCAGGGUUGAGCUGAGCAAGGAGAAGAAAAAAUCGGCUACUUCUGCGACUAAAGUUUUGUUGUUGGAGCAGAUGUUAUUAGAUCUUAGAGUUGAGCUGAGCAAGGAGAAGGACAAAUCUGCUACUCCUAACGAUUUGCUUGCGGGUGUUGCCUCUUGGGAAGUAUUGGAUUAUGCGGAUCUCUAUACUAAUGAAAAAGGAGAAGAAUAACAAACAAUAAUUUAUUAUCUUUUUUCGUACUUUAAUUAAGUAAGAAGUUCCAGGUUUUAUAGUCGUCUCGUCUCAGUCUUAAACUGAAGUUUUUAGCAUUCUUUGUUAUUUUCAGAGGUAAUUUUCUCAUCAUCUACGUAUAUUUAUUGUCGUCUCAAUCUGAGUAGUCGCUGUCGACUUAGGUGUGCCAUAAGUAAUGAUAUGGUACAGAUAAGUUUCUUGGACAAUAUCGAACUCACUAUAAAGAACUUUCUUCCAUACAAACGAGUAUGUGAUUGUCGUAGAAGACAAGAGGUAGUGUUGUGGGUAUAAUCAUGCGGAUUGUAUAUUCAUAUCUAACCUAAGGAAAUAUAAACAACAUAAUUAAGUAAGCAUUAUGACUCCUAAAUGCAUCUCCAAUAGCACUUUUUUUUUUCUCUAUAAUUUACUCUAAAACAGAUUAACUUUAUUAUAGAGUAAAUUUUGCUAUAAUGGUUGUUACUCCAUAAUAGAGUAUGAUGAGUCCCUUAUGAUGAGAUUACUUUACCUUUGAUACUUUGAAGGAUGAUCUGAUGGUUUGGAAGAGAUUGGAUCUAUUCUGAACUUGAUGAUUGAUGGAAUAUGUUUGAAUGGCCUUUAGUAGUAAGGAUAUAUGAACAAACAGUUGUGUAGACGUGUCCUUGAUUGCGAGAAUGAAUUCACAAGUAAGAUCAAGGACGAGUUUUGUUUGUAGGGAAUGAACUCCUAACAAUCAGUGUUUAAAGAUAAAUAAAUGAUUCACAGAUUUUAGAAAGUUUUUUAAGAAAAAGAUGAAUGUUUUGUUAAUAAGACUCUAAUGAGUUUAUAUAGAAAUACAUACAUUAAAUAUACUUAGACUUUGUAAAAAACUAGACAAAGACUUAGAUAAAAACUAGGAAAGUCUUUGAUAAAAACUAGGACAUGAGAUAUGACUUUUGACCAGAAAUAAGUAACACGUUGAAUGACUCUUGGAUGAUGACCACGACCAGAACUUUUUGAUUACUCCCCUUCGAUAUUUCUUGAUGAGAAUGAGCUUGAAAUGGACUGAUCAAAGGUCUGGUCAAAUUUGGCAUGAAACAAACCCAUAGUAAAUUUGUUAUGAACUUCUCUUUAGGCUGAAAAGGUCCAUUUCACCCAGCAUCUAAACCAGCUCCUUCUUGAAUGUCACUUAGCUCAUCCAGCUCCAGAUUAGUGUCACUUUGCUCACUCAGCUCAUCCUUAAUAACCUCAGCUGGUUUCAGCUCAGCUUUAGUCUCCUUAGCUGGUUUCAGCUCAGUAUGCUCGCCUUUCAUCCAUCCUAGUUUGUUCUUUGUGAUAAUCAGCUGACUCAGCCAUGGUUACAUUAGAGUAACUCGAUUAUAAAGUGAAAUAUAGAGGAACGUUAUAUUGUUACUCUACUUUUAGAGUAAAAUUUUGACAUUCAUCUAUAUUCCACUAUAUUAUAGAGUAACACAAUUGAAGCAAAAAUUAUUACAUUUUAGAGUAAAUAAUAGAGGGGAAAAAUGAGUGUCAUUGGAAAUGGUCUAAUCACACUUAGUUAUUUCAUGAUUGGCACAAGAACCAGAAUAUCUACAUAUGGAGAGAAAGUAUAUUAAUGUACUUCGGAAAUAUUUACAGAAUGAAGGAUCAGAUCGGAUACUACAAAUGCAUGAUUCAUUAAUGAGACCCUGCUUGGGAAGAUGCAUUAAAAUACAAAACUAAUAUGUAAAUGUUAUGAAUAUUGUAAUGUGCAAUAUGGAAAGUCCAUGAUUUACUUGUCUACCAUGGUUUACUUGUUCUCUAAAUUCUGUUGGGGUCAAAAUCAGUCACGAUAAAAUCAGUGGAUAAAAUCUUACGAGAAAAUAUGCCUUAAGCAGAUACGAGCCGAAAAUAUUGAAGAAACUACACCGCAUAAGCUAAGACGAUUUGAAUAAGGAUAUAAAACAAAACUUCGUGUAUUUCAUCUCGUACAAGGAGUGAAAGAGUUUCUAUUUAAACAUUAGAAGAUUGAAAAAAGUUCUUGCGGAAGGUUCUUGCGAAAAAUGAUGAAUUUUACAAAACAAUUUUCCAAAAAAAACAAAAUCAGAAAUUUUUCAAGGAAGAACCCCAUAAGAAAAUAUGUGAGAUAAUCUUCCGCCAAAAAAACUUUCGGGAAAUAUUUACAGAAAACCGAAAUAGUUCCAAAAUCGUACGAAGCAAUAAACGGAGGGAUGAGAACGGAAGAAAUGAAUCACCACCCUUCAUGCACUCAAUUUCUCCCAACACUCUCUCUCCUUGGUCAAUGUCGCCCAACUCCCCUCUAUCUUUCACUACAAAAAAACACUAGAGAUUGACCCACUCACCCGCGUAGAUAUUGGUUCUUAUAUUUUUAUACAUUGAUAUCUGUUUUUCACAAUUAGUAUAAUAUAACCCUUGUUCGGAAACUCGCUAGGCGCUACGCAAGCGGCACACACGGGCCUUGCGAUUUUUUGAAAAAGCGGAAAAAAUCGGGAAGUAAUCGGAGCGGAAUUUUUUAUAUUUUUAUGUGUAUAAUAUCAAUUUUUAAAUAAUAUCAAUUUUUAAAUAAAUAUAAUACAAUUUUUUUGUAUAAUACAUGUUUAUGAAAGAUAUUUGAUAAUUUGAUACUAAAAUUCAAAGUAAACACGUAUAUAUAAAGUAAAUUUGCAUUUAAUAACAAUAGGUUUAGACUCGUCUGGUGGUUGGUGUCUUCCGUGCAGUUCCUGCAUGUGACAGGUUCGAAUCGCGGCAGCUGCCUUGUUGGCAUUUUAUUAUUUUUAGGUUUAAUGAAAGUAAAAUGACCAAUUCACCCUCGUCUUCAACCUUCUUCUGUGAUUUUCCAGAUCUAACACGCAGCCUCCAAGUUUUCCACGAUUUCACCAUUUUAAGAAGCUAUUCUUGUCGGAUUCAACUUUGUAUAGAAGAUAUAUAAGGUAUAAUCUGAUUUCUUGCUAAAAACUUUGAUAUUUUCAUACUUAAUCAGAUUUAGACAAAUCGUUUUUACAAAAUUACGCGGCUAUUUCUCUUUUUCUCCAGCUAACGCGUUCACUAUACGGCUCAGCGCCUAGACAUACCGAUCACCUCCACAACUCGGCCGAGUUUUAGAACAAGGAAUAUCUCUAUAAUAUUAUUUGAGAUGUCAGUUUCUUAUGUGUCGCGCUCACGUUAAUUUUCAUGAUGGUUGAUUACACUGAUACCCUUACUGAAUUAAAAUUAUUACAUUUAAAUACUAUUAUUGAUUAUUUUUUUAUUUUCCUUUUUAAAAUUUUCUAAAUAACAUAUAUAAUAAAAAAGGAAACAUUUAUAAAGUUUUAAAAACAAAUUUAAAACGAAAAUAUAUGUAUAUAUAAUAUGAUUUCAUUAAAAA